AUGGGGAAUGGGGGAGAAACACAGAUUGGCACGGAAGAAGGAGAGAAGGGGGGCAAGGGGUAUCCUGAGGGCAGCAAGGCCCGCGGGGCCGAGGCGCAGCCCAAGGGCGAGGUGAGGGCCAAGGCGCAGAAGGUCAAGAAGAAGGUGCUGCGCAAGGUGUACGCGGUGCGCCACCGCAAGGUGCACACCUUCCCCACGUUCUGCAGGCCUCACAUGCUGUGGCUGCAGCUGCAACCCAAGUACCCGGGCAAGAGCACACCUACGCACAACAAGAUGGGCCACUACGCCAUCAUCAAGUUCCUGCUGACGACGGAGCUGGCGGUGAAGAAGAAGCCCUACAACAUGCGUGAUCAAGACAAGAUAUAA